CGGCCGCCUGAGGGACCGCGCGUGCGCCCGGUCGCCUCAGAGGCCGCUCGUCCUUCUCGCCGCCCGCAGCGCAGCGCAGCGCAGAGCAGCGCAGCGUCCAGGCCCCGCACCGCCAUGGCCGCCUAUAAACUGGUGCUCAUCCGCCACGGGGAGAGCGCCUGGAACCUGGAGAACCGUUUCAGCGGCUGGUACGACGCCGACCUCAGCCCCGCCGGACACCAGGAAGCCCAACGGGGCGGACAGGCCCUAAGAGAUGCCGGCUAUGAGUUCGAUAUCUGCUUCACCUCGGUGCAGAAGAGGGCCAUCCGCACCCUCUGGACGGUGCUCGAUGCCAUCGACCAGAUGUGGCUCCCCGUGGUGAGGACCUGGCGCCUCAACGAGCGCCACUACGGGGGCCUGACAGGCCUCAACAAGGCGGAGACGGCCGCCAAACACGGCGAGGCCCAGGUGAAAAUCUGGCGCCGCUCCUACGACAUCCCGCCGCCUCCCAUGGAGGCCGACCACCCCUUCUACAGUAACAUCAGUAAGGAUCGUCGCUACGCAGACCUUACCGAGGACCAGCUGCCCUCCAGCGAGAGCCUGAAGGAUACGAUCGCUCGGUCUCUGCCCUUCUGGAAUGAGGAGAUCGUCCCGCAGAUUAAGGAGGGCAAGCGAGUGCUGGUCGCUGCCCAUGGCAACAGCCUGCGGGGGAUUGUCAAGCAUCUGGAAGGCCUGUCGGAGGAAGCCAUCAUGGAGCUGAAUCUGCCCACCGGCAUCCCCAUCGUCUACGAGCUGGACAAGAACCUGAAGCCCAUCAAGCCCAUGCAGUUCCUGGGGGAUGAAGAGACUGUGCGCAAAGCCAUGGAGGCCGUGGCUGCCCAGGGCAAGGCCAAGAAGUGAAGGCCUCAGGAGGGCAGGCUACUGGUACGAGCGAGUAGUAGCCAGCCCCUUCCCCCGGUCCCUUCCCCAUCUACUUGCCCCCCAACUCACCCCUCCACUCACUGACCACGGCCAUAGGGAUCGUGAGACACAGCUGCAGGAGAGGGACCGAGGACCCCCCUCGUCCCCCCUUCCUUUCCUUCGGCCCCAUUCCAGAGCCCCUCCCCCACUCGGCGCCUCCCGCCAACGUUAGCCAGAAGGCGAGCGCCGGGGCCGGUGUCCUCCAUCUGGGGCUCGAGCCGCGAGAGCGAAUCUGGGGUGUGGGGCUUGGGGUGGGGGGUGUGGGAAGUAAUGGUGAGAAGUGACCAAUUUAGGGGAGCGAAGUCACUGGUGCCCAUAUCACUCCCAAUCGUUCUCCGCUCCCGAGCAACGUCCUGCCCCGGAGCUCUGGUCAUUCCAGCGGCAAACGUCGCCGCCGGCAACCCGGACGCGAAUUUCCGGAACCGGGUUGGGAUGGCGCCUCCACCCCAGAGCGGCUGGGAGGACGCUGGGAUCAGUCUGAUGUUUACCUGUUGCACUUGAACAAGAGGCCCUUCCUCCUCCCUUCCUUCCCACGUGAGAGAGGCUGUUGAAGGGAAGCUGCCCCGUUCGCUGGUUACUAGUGAUCUCCAGGCACAUUCCUAUCCUGAAUGAAGUGGGGAGGGGGGCCUCCUUAUUUCCGAGGGUCCAGAGAGCUCUUUAAUCUAGAAUCCCCGACUUGCUGGUCUGCGCCAGCGAAUCGCCUCUUGAGACGGCCUGCACUGCAUGUGUCUUUCACCGUGUCCCAUUUCCAGUCCAUUGUGAUCCCAGCUGCCAGGCUCUGUCCUCCGGGCACUGCACUCGGUUUUAGUGAACUGUACUAGCAUAGUUCUUCGGUUGGAUUUUUUCCUUUUUUUUUUUUGGUUCAGUACAAUAAAGGAGUCAUGUGCAAUAC